UAUUGGGUUUUAAAUGAAGAGGAUAAGACUUCAGCUUUAGAGGGCUGACAAGAAGAGGAAAAAAAAAAAGCAAAGAAAGAAGAGAGGAGGAGACGGGAAAAGAAAAAGAAGAGGGAAAAGAAAGAAGAAAGAAAAGAAGGGGGAGAUCAGAGGUGAGUUGCAAAGGAAGAAGAAAGAAAACAGAGGGGAGGGGAGCGCAACUAUUUGAAAAAGAAAGAGGAACGAGAAGUAGAGAGAGGGAGACGGAGAGGGAAUGAGAGGAGAGAAUUAGAGAGUUUGGGGCUUUUCUCAAAGGCUGCGAAUUUUAGGUAUUUCUAAAUUGGAGGAGAGUGAAGCUCUAUAGAAUUGUGUGCGAGCUUCGAUUGAAUUUUAGAAGAAGAAGAAAGAUGAAGGAAUGAGAAUGAGAGUUUGAUUUCCUGCUCUUGAAACUGAAUUGUGGGAAGGCCAAGGGAGGAAGUUUUCAGAAGUGAUGGGUUUUCGUCUGGGUUGUUUUGUAUCUAUCGUUGUCUUGCUUUACUGUUGAGUGACUUCUCUACUUUGUUAAUUGUUUUAUUUUCUUUAUAUCCACUGCCUUGCUGCUGUUAACAUGGAAUGUGAGAGUUUGGUAUCGAUAAAGGGUUAUGUUGGUUGUUUGAUGUCAUGGGAACUUACUGAAUUUGUUGAUUUUUAGUUUGGGUGCUCUUUGCACGAUGCUUAUCAAUUAUAUUGUAUUGGUACUAUGUUGUUUAUGCUCUGUAUCAAUUGAACUGUUUUGGGUUUUGGUUUCGGUAUAAUGAUUGUUAAAGGAGCUCUUGGGUUUAUUGUUAGCUUUUGAAAUCAGCCUUGAUCUUGUACUGAUUCAAUUAUUAUCUGUUGUUUUGUGUUGUUUGAGUGCUUUCUAUUUUUUCUCUGAAGUAGGGUACUUGUUAUUAUGUUCUUGUUGAUUAUACUUUGUUUAAUAGCACGGUCUUUAGGUUGUGAGAAUUACUGUCAAAUAGUAAAGUAUUUCAUUUAUGAAUUUGGAUUGGGAUUGGUUCAGUUUUGUUAGUUUUGUCUGUAAGUUUCACAUAUGUUAGCUUCUGACUAGCAAGAUUAAGCAAGUGCUCACUGAACCCCGUUUUGUUUUCUUCCGGCACUUAUUCUUGAGAGUUUAGGUUUUCUGCUAAAUCCCAUCUGUUUUGCAAAUGACAAUUUUAAGUCGGCACCGAAUGUUAAAAGAAAGAUUAAAACAAAAAACCGUCUGAGUUCUGACUCGUUGCGGAUAUUCGGAACACCCUGUUUUGCUAUAGUUGGAUAUUGGUCUCAGGCUCAGAUCUGGGUGAAAUGAAGAUACUAAAGGCUGAUGUCGGAGCACUUGACAAUUUUGAAGUGCUCGAAUUCCUAAAAUCUAAAGGGGCCUCAAAGAAUGAUCUAUCACGGGUGGCAAGAGUUACACAAUCGGAGUAUAAGGUUUUCGAUUAUUUGGUUGAUACUCCUGCUGGUACUCACACAAGAGAGAGUGUUGAAGAGUUCAAGGAGAAGUGUAGACAAUAUGACCUUGGGAAUGAUAAGAUCCUCAAUAUUAUUAACACUAGGCCAGCUUCAGUGGUUGAAAUAUAUGCGAUCAUGGAGGAUAAUGCUGAUGAGCUAGUAGAGCUGGUUGCAGAGGUCUUGACUCCUCCAACCGUCGCAUCCCCUAAACCUGAAGCCGAUACUAAUGAGAUUGAUUCAGAGACCAUGAACGUGGAACAAAUUGAACAAAAUGAUGGCAAUAAAGAAAAACCUGAAUUUGGGGAAGCACCAAUGGAGACUAGUUGAUGUGGGUAUAGUAUUGACCGGUUUCUGAACUCAAAAUCACAUGUCCAAGAGCUUUAAAUUUAUGAUGAGCAGCUAUUGUUUAUCUUAUAUGUUGACAGCUGCUUUGAUGUUUCCAAAUGAGUCGAAUGUGUGUGAUUGUAAGUAGAAAUGAUACUGGAUUUAGCAUUUCUGGUGUCACAGGAGACCUCCCACAUUUACUGUAUUACGUUUCCUUCGCAGCAUUAUUUGUCAAAAGUUGUUGAAUCCAUCUUCAUUUGCUUGAAGUAAUUGCAGACUGAAAUUGCUAGUUC